AUUUAAAGCAAACCCAAUGUGACCAAAAAAUAAUUAUUUCAUGUGCAUUCUUCUGGAACGAAAGAGAAAGUAAAUGCUUGAACCUCGCAAAGAUGUCAAACAUGUGAAAGAUCAUAAAAGGAUUUAAUGUGAUAUUGCAUAUCUUGCAUAACGCAUUUCAAGAAUUUGUGAAUUACCUGGAACAUUUUAAUUGGUUUAAAUUUCUUAAUUCUAUCAAUUAAAAUGACGGAUAUAGAGGAAGAUUGUCCCCCAGUAUGUAGUGAUAAUGGUUAUAUAUCAAAUUAUGGUAAUAUUUUACAAAAAGUCAAAGGAAAUUCCAGUUUAGACGCAAGAGUAGUCCAACAACCAUAUAACUCCAUUCAGAGCGGUGGCCGCAUUCUUGACAGAAUGUCGUCUCUAGAAGUCGAUGGUGUUGAAAGUAUGGAAACAGAUAAUGAUAAUUUGUCCAUCCAAGUCGUCAACGACAACUCAGCGUUUGAGUCUAGGGGUGGGGAACCAGGCAGUCUGUCCUCUUCUUCCCCAGUCAAAAAUUAAAGCUGCUGGGCACCAUCCUGGAAUUAAAGCUAAACCGGCCACAUCACAUGGGUCUAAACAAACAAAACCAAUAUCCAUGUCCCAUGAUGUGUUUUUUGCAACAGCUUAUAAGAUGGACCAUCCCAAAAGGGGAAGAGCCCUUAUCAUCAACAACAUGAACUUUGCGGAUGUUAAUCAGAGACCAGAGCGAGACGAUUCGAUCAAAGACGCCACUGCCCUGUCAAACAUACUGGAGCAUCUUAUGUUUGAGCCCAUCACCCAGAGUUGUGGGAGGAAGGAGGUCAUCGUUAACGAUGUAUCGUCCACACAACUGGAGAGACUUAUUCAAGAUGCCACCAAUCCUGAACUGAAUGACUACAGCGACUAUGAUUGUUUUGUGAUGGUUGUUCUUAGUUAUGGGAUAGAUGGCGCUAUAAUGUGUCCCGACGGAAGCACUGAUAAACUGGUUCCUGUUGAAAAAGUCAUAGAGCCAUUCAAAGCUGACAAAUGCCCCUCCCUGGCCUUGAAACCCAAACUGUUCUUCAUGCAGUUGUGUCCAGCCUUCACAUACAACAUUGCCGACUCUCUGACAGGAAGUGGUGCCACACCGACGGAACCUGAGAUCCGUAAGAUCCCAACAGAUUCCGACAUACUUGUACAGAUUUCUACAAUACCAGGAUCAUACAGCUGGUAUGACGAUGACAAUGCUUUGUCUUGGUACAUCGAGGGGUUGAAAGAAACAUUACAGAAGAACUGUUAUGAUCCCCUACGGAGAGGUCAAAAGUCACGGGAAAUUUACGACAUUCUUCUCCAUGUAAACAGACUUUAUCUCACUAAACUCCGAGACCAGGGAAUCAGUCCAGGCAAGAGUUAUUCCGCGCCGGCAGUGACUUCAACUCUGACAAAAGACCUAUAUUUUUUGCCAAAAAGCAACAAGGGUUUAUAGAUCUAUAUAUGAUCUUGUUUUUAUUUUUAACACUAAAAUGUAUAUUGGCAGCAACAUGAGUGUACUGGGCUACAAUGUUUAUUAAAAUAAACAAUUAUUUCAAAGUUGUAUAUAUAUGUAUAUAAUAGACAAUAUAUAAUUGUGUUGUUGUGAAUUUUACAUGUAUGAUUAUCUUGUUAAGACUUAGACUUUUUUUUAGAGUUUAUUAUUAUUAUGAUAAUUAAUUUUGUUUAUUUUUCCCCACUUUCUUGAAAGUGUAGGAAAAAGAAUUGUCAGUCUGUCAUAAAAUUUUAACCAUACUGAUUAGUUCUGAAUGCAAAAAGAUAUGGCUUUUAUAUCUAAGGUUUAUUAUUACUAGCAUGUGACUAGAUCUUUCACAAAGUAAAAAGAUUUUAGACCCCAUAACCCUGACCUUGAAGUUGACCUAAUUCAUGAAAAUGUGAAAAAUCAAAUUACUAUCGCUAUUCAUUCAAAACAAGUCAAAGGUUAAACUUUAAAUUUCAAAAAGAAGGUCAGACUUCAAGGUCAAAGGGACAAAACUGUGCACAAGAGAAUGUGGUUUGCAAGGGAAACAGUUUGCAUUAAGAAAGCCUUUGCAUUAUUCAUUCAAAAUUCUAGUCAAUGUUAAAGUUUUCAAACGUAUGUCAAACUCUAAGGUCAAGGUAGAAGGGUCAAAAUGGUUCAUCUUCUCAUUACGAACAUGUAUAUAUGAAAGCCCUGGCUCCAACUUUUAUUGAAAAUUGAAAAAAAAGUUAAAAAAUUUUACAAAGGGGUCAGACUCCAAGGUCAAAGGGUAAGAAAUACCAGGGUAUAUGUUUCCAAAAAAAAAAUCUUGCAACAGCUAGGGGAUAUGCCAAUAUGAAGUAUUAAACCCUUAGCACUUCCCAUUCAUAUGUUCUGGCCAAGGUUAAAGUUUAGUAAAAAUCAAACUCAAAUCCAAAGUAAAGAGGUGUAAUAUGUAAGUGUUCAAAGAAAGGUCUUUAUCAAAAGAUAUACGUCACAUGAAAUAUGAAAGCCCUAGCUCCAACCAAUCAAAAGUUCUUGGCAAGGUUAAAGUUUUUGCAGACAAACACUGAAAGAUAAAUAGAUCCUCCCCCCCCCCACACCUCUUAUCCAAAUUUGGCUGCCUAAUCACACAUUACCAGUGUUUGUUGUUAUCUGACAAGAUGGAUUAAGAACAUAACAAAGAAAAAAUUGUUACAUGCAUUUAUUUAUUAUAUAUUUUUUAUAGCUAUGUAUACAUGUAUGUACUGUUUUUAACGAUUUUAUCAUAACAUUGACCACUGAAAGUUACAUGUAUUUAUCUUCACAAUCAACAUUGUACUAUAAACUAGCUACAUGUACAUUGUACUUAAACAUGAAAUCUGAUGGAACGAAAUCAAUAGAUACAAGCCUUGAAAACAUUUUUCCAUUCAAAUGAAUCAAACUUUAAAUACAGUAGAGGUGGUAUCUUAACCUUAAUGCAGAGCCCCGGUUACUCUUUAUUGACUACCCAAAAUUUUUGAACAAUUUUGAUUGAAUUAUGAACAGCAAAUUAUCAUUUCCCUGUUGAGACUGGGAGAUGGUUUGGAAUUCCCAAAAAUGUUAAAGUUAAAACUUUGUAACAUGUGUAAUAAUGAACUAAUGGACAUCAAACAGAUGAGCAUCACUAAAUUUUAUAUUGUCAAUUUUGUUCAGCAUUCAGAAAAAAGUAUCUACCCAGUAAAUAUUGUAAAAGACCAAAUUUUUACAAAUUCUCAGACUCCAAGGUGUUCAUUAACUUAUGCAGUUACAAAGAUAGAGUAUAAGAAUUAUUCUGUCCUCCAUAAUUAUUUUUGUUAGUUACUUUAUAAUUUGAAUGCAUUUCUGCAUGUAUUAUGUAUUUUCAUUUGCGUCUUAUAUAUUGUUUUUGUAUAUACUGUACAUAGAACCUCAUGUACAUUAAUUGGUUUGAGAGAAUACUUGUAAACUUAAACAAAGUUCACAUACAGAUUUCUCAAUUUGUAUACAAUUUGUUUACAAUCAACUAAACCUAGUUUUUGCAGAAUUUUAAAACCAUUAUACUUAGUUUUGCAAACUAAUUUACUAGUUCAAUAGACUAAUUUUUCGAAAAAUUGUGAUGCAAAGUAUAUGUUUAAUUUGAUUGAUUAAAACAUUUUAUGUUAAAAGAAUGGCAUCUUUCUGUACAGUACUUGCAGACAACAAGCCCCUAAAUGUUAAACAACUAUCCUUUGCGACUAUUUGUCACAAUAACCUGACUGUAUUCAACCCUAAGCUAAAAAUGGGAUUAUGAUUAUAUUUGCACAGCUUGUUUAGUAAUUUUGAUUCCUAUUAAAGCUCACAAUUUGCAAAAAA